AUGGCGGCCAUCAGUUUAUUGAAUCCAAAAGCUGAGUUUGCUCGGGCGGCACAGGCGUUGGCGGUGAACAUCUCCGCCGCCAAAGGCAUUCAGGAUGUGAUGAAGACCAAUUUAGGUCCUAAGGGAACUAUGAAGAUGUUGGUUUCAGGAGCUAGAGAUAUAAAGAUUACAAAAGACGGCAAUGUACUUCUUCAUGAAAUGCAAAUUCAACAUCCCACAGCAUCUUUAAUAGCAAGAGCGUCCACUGCUCAAGAUGAUAUGAGUGGUGAUGGUACUACCAGUACUGUGAUAGUUAUUGGUGAACUUUUGAAGCAGGCUGAUUUGUACAUAUGUGAAGGACUACAUCCUAGAGUAAUCACAGAAGGUUUCGACUUAGCUCGUGCUAAGACAUUAGAAGUAUUGGAACUCUUGAAGAUCCCUAUUGAGCCCACUAAGCAAAACCUGAUGGAUAUUGCGAGGACUUCGCUUAGAACAAAACUCCACUAUACUGUAGCUGACAAGUUAACUGAGAUCUGUGUGGAUGCUGUGUUGGCUAUUAAACAACAGGAUCAAGAAAUAGACUUGCACAUGGUUGAAUUAAUGGAGAUGCAGCAUAGAACAGCGAUUGACACUACUCUGAUUCGUGGUAUAGUCACUGAUCAUGGAUCUAGGCAUCCCGAUAUGCCAAAAAGACUGGAGAAUGCAUACAUUCUCACUUGCAAUGUGAGUCUGGAAUAUGAAAAAAGUGAGGUGAACAGUGGCUUCUUUUACAAGUCAGCUGAAGAGCGUGAAAAGUUGGUGGCAGCCGAACGUGUGUUCAUCGAUAAUCGUGUGGAGAAGAUUAUCGAGUUGAAGAAGAAGUUGUGCGAUGGAACGGAUAAGUCGUUUGUCGUGAUAAACCAGAAAGGAAUCGACCCGCAAUCACUCGACAUGCUCGCGAAAGAAAAUAUCAUUGCUUUGCGUCGAGCCAAGCGCAGAAAUAUGGAACGCUUGGCGCUCGCGUGCGGUGGUGUAGCCAUGAAUUCUGUGGACGAUUUGAAGGAAGAGCACUUGGGAUGGGCUGGCCUUGUUUAUGAACAUGUUUUGGGAGAAACCAAGUACACCUUUAUAGAAGAAUGCAAAAAGCCGAACUCUGUAACCAUUCUGUUAAAGGGACCGAAUAAGCAUACGCUGCUGCAAUUGAAAGAUGCUGUACGUGAUGGACUCAGGGCAGUAAAAAAUGCCAUUGACGAUCGUGCUGUUAUACCUGGGGCUGGUGCCUUCGAAGUUGCGGCCAGCCAAGCUCUUCAACAAUAUAAAGAGAAAGUCAAAGGAAAGCAACGUUUAGGAGUGCAGGCCUAUGCAGAAGCUUUACUCGUUAUUCCGAAAACUCUCGCUGUUAAUAGCGGAUUCGACGCGCAAGAUACAAUUGUAAAAUUAUUUGAGGAAAGUACUGCUUUAGGAGAGGCAGUGGGCUUGGAUUUGUCUACAGGAGAAGCACUGAAACCAGCAGAUGUUGGCAUUUAUGACAAUUACAAUGUAAAGAAACAAAUUAUCAAUUCCUGCACGAUCAUCGCCAGUAACCUCCUUCUGGUCGAUGAAAUAAUGAGAGCAGGGUUAUCUUCGCUAAAAGGCUAGACAAUAUAACGUAUCUUGUGGAGUAAAGAUUCUAAGGACCAUUAAAAUUUUUUCACAAACAAGUUAUCAAUAUUACUAAAUUAUUAUUCGUUUCGCAUUGUACUUCUUAACAGAAUUUGUUGCUUAAUCCUGCUUUUAAUAUGAACAUUUAAUAACAGUAAAUAACAUCAAA